AUGGGCCAAGACGACGAGCCGAAGACCUACCGCUACAAUGAGACUCCGGUCUACACAACCUCCAAUGGCUGCCCGGUCAUGGACCCCCAGGCCUCGCAGCGCGUGGGUUCCAAUGGCCCACUCCUGCUGCAAGAUUUCCACUUGAUUGACCUGCUGGCACACUUUGACCGCGAGCGUAUUCCAGAGCGUGUGGUUCACGCCAAAGGUGCAGGUGCCUAUGGCGAGUUCGAGGUCACCGAUGACAUCAGCGAUAUUACCACGAUCGACAUGCUCAAGGGCGUCGGCAAGAAAACCAAGCUCCUCACGCGCUUCUCGACCGUCGGCGGUGAAAAGGGAUCCGCAGACAGCGCGCGCGACCCGCGAGGCUUCGCCAUGAAGUUCUACACGAACGAGGGCAACUGGGACUGGGUGUUCAACAACACACCCGUAUUCUUCCUGCGCGACCCAGCCAAGUUCCCGAUCUUCAUCCACACGCAGAAGCGCAACCCGCAAACCAAUCUCAAAGACGCAACAAUGUUCUGGGACUACCUGUCAACGCACCACGAAGCCGUGCACCAGGUGAUGCACCUAUUCAGCGACCGCGGCACGCCAUACUCCUACCGCCACAUGAACGGCUACUCGGGCCACACAUACAAGUGGACCAAGCCCGACGGCACCUUCAACUAUGUCCAGAUACACUGCAAAACAGACCAGGGCAACAAGACCUUCACCAACGACGAGGCCGGCAGACUCGCCUCCGAGAACCCAGACUGGCACACGCAGGACCUCUUCGACGCCAUCCAGCGCGGCGAGAACCCCUCCUGGACCUGCUACGUGCAAACCCUCUCCCCGGAACAAGCCGAGAAGUUCCGCUGGAACGUCUUCGAUCUGACCAAGAUCUGGCCGCAGAGCGAGGUGCCACUGCGCCGCUUUGGCCGCUUCACGCUGAACCGCAAUCCGCAAAACUACUUCGCUGAGAUCGAGCAGGCCGCCUUCUCGCCCUCGCACAUGGUCCCGGGAGUCGAGCCCUCCGCCGACCCCGUCCUGCAGUCCCGUCUCUUCUCGUACCCGGACACCCACCGCCACCGGCUCGGCGGCAACUACGAGCAGAUCCCUGUGAACUGCCCGCUCAACGCCUUCAGUCCCUGGCACCGCGACGGCGCUAUGAACGUCCACGGCAACUACGGCGCCAACCCCAACUACCCCUCCACCUUCCGUCCGCUCGCGUACAAGCCCGUCAAGGCGAGCAAUGACCAUGAAAAAUGGGUCGGUUCUGUUGUUGCGGACCAGCUGCCUGUCUCGGCUGAGGAUUACGUUCAGGCGAACGGCCUUUGGCAGGUCCUUGGUCGCCAGCCCGGUCAGCAGGAUCACUUUGUUGCUAAUGUCUCUGGACACCUCUGCAAUGCCCAUGAGCGGGUCCGCAAGCAGACGUAUGGGAUGUUCCGUCGUGUGAACCGCGAUCUUGGUGCUCGCAUCCAGUCUGCUACGGAGGCUAAUGUUACCAAGACCUCGGCGCGGCUAUAG